CCCUUGGAAACAUGGCACUGGGGAGCAGGGUGCUGGGGUUCAGCACCCCCAAGAUUUUCCAAGGGGUGUUGCGAGUAUUAUUCUCCACUAUAGACAGCACCCGCAGGAAUUCUGGUAGGUGUGGCAAAUUGGGAAAAAUAUAGUGAUUUUUUUUUGCUUGUCAAAUAAUUUCCUGCAACCAAAACAGCCUUCACUUUGGACAGUGGUGGACUUGCGCCCUUUGCUUCCGAAACCGAAAUAGCUCAGCACACUUCGAAUCUUGUCUAAAUGACACAGCAUAAUUGUGAAAUUCCUCUUUGACUGGAUCACGGUUAAUACCUCUCUGUUUCGAACCGUUUGCUUGUCAACUUCUUUCUGGAAUUAAACGAUAAAUAACAUGGAGAACGUUAAAUCUAUAAGAUGCGAUCCCGACCACUACACGAAAGCUUUCAAGAUCGUCACCGACAAGUGCAACAUGUACGAAUUCCUUGGGAAUUGGGUACAGAGCGAGUUUCCCAGGCUGGUGUUGGAUAAAUUGGCGGGGAGUUUUUCAGCGGAGACGCCCAUCAACAUGCUGGGAGUCGGCAGUGGAUCAGGGGAAACAGACAGCAAACUGGCGGCAAGCAUCAAGACCCGUUUCCGGUCCGUCCGAAACGUCGUGGUGGAACCUGCCGAGAAAAUGCUCGACAUCUACCGAGCGCUCAUCGAUGGCAACAAGUCCGACUUCGAAGGUAUUGAGUUCGAUCUUCGUCAACUCGGCAUCGACGACUAUCGUGCCCAGGAAGGCGACCACCCGGCCAAAUACCAUUUCAUCAGCACCAUACAGUCUCUGUACUAUGCCGCGGACUUUGAGGACACCAUACGUUAUCUUUACGAUUGUUUGGAAGAGGGCGGGAUUAUGCUGAUAAUCAUUGUCUCAGACACUUGUGGUUCGUGGCGUCUUUGGAAUCGAGUUCCCCUCAUAAUGCAAACUUCAACUGGAUCUUUCUUUUGCGCCAGUGACGUCCGACAGUGCCUCUCCUCUCAGGGAAUCCACUUCGAAGAAAACCACCAGGGGUUCAACCUCGACAUCACCAGCUGCUUCGAAGAGGGGUCCGAGGAAGGGGCGCUCCUCCUUGAUUUCAUCACCGAAAUCAUCGAUUUCCGUGGUUCGGUGUCGCCCGACUUUCUCAAAGAGGUGAUGGAGUAUAUGGGGUCGGACCAGUGCUCGGAGCGAAAAGAAGAUGGGACGAUUUUCUUUAACAAGAAUUGGGACGCCCUUGUGGUCCAAAAGCCACUCGUGGCCAAAAGCAAUUAAAAAAUAUAGUUUCCUAUGAAUAGAAAGAGAUAAACACACACACAGCAAGAGAGGGAGGGGGAGAGAGAGGAGGGGGGAGACAGCAAGGGGGGGGGGGAGAGAGAAUGCAUGUGGUGGGGAUGAAAAUGGGCAAUGACAAUAGGCUAUGAGAUGAGAGAUGGAGGACGAUAAAGAAAGAUAAUGAAACAGAAAAAGAAAGCGAACAGAGGGGGGAUGAGAAAGAAAGGAAUGCAAUUGAGAUAGAUUAAAGUAAAUGUAAACUUGUUUUGAUGUGCUGUUAAUUUGUAAUGUCGCAAUAAACUGGCCAGUACGCAUACGUUGUAUCAUUUUUUUAUAUAUUCUUUUUCACGAGAUGGAAAGUGGGAGUGAAAUGGUAAUAUCUCCCUACAAUGAAACAAUAAAGUAAUCAUGACAAUAGUUAUUGAAAUAGUUAAGCAAACAAAAUUUUCGUUCCUCAAAAUGUCAAGAAUUAUCUUGCGAAUGUGAUCAGGUAUUUGCCUCAUCAAAAAUGUAGACGGACUGCCUCAACCACGUUAACCCUCGCUCACCAUAGGCGGUUUCAUGAAGAGUAGGCAACUUUUAAUAAAAAACAUAAAUAAAUAAGUAAUAAUAAUAGGAAACAAUUCCGGAAGUAAAACAUUACUGAAUAAAGAGUAUAUAGUGCACUUCAUUAGCUAUAAAUUAAUAUCUGACGAGCAAUAUUGAUAUAAAAAUCAAAUGAAUAAAACAAUUAUGUUUUAAGAUAG